AUGUGUGACGUGAGGGACGACUUCCACCAAGAUUGGGAAGGUUCCAAGGACAGGGAUAUGGAGGUUGAGGAGUACGAUGCAACUUCCGCAGAUGACCUUGGCGCUGGCGACGGGAAGGAGAGAUCGGAGACUUCAUCCUCUUCCAGGGUAGAUACGGCAGUUGCUGUCGGCAAGCUUCCCAUCGAAGAAGGUAACUUCCUCCUUUCGUGGAAGCUCCAAGCUUUUGAAGAGGAUCCAAGUGAUGAGGUCCCCGAGGAGGAGGAGCCGCAGGAUGAAGAUCCCGAGGACGAAGAAGACUCUGAUGAUGACGAAGAAUCUGACGAUGAUGAGGACUCUGACGAUGACGAGGACUCUGACGAUAACGAGGACUCUGAUGAGGAUGAUGAGGAUGAUGAAGAAGAUGGUGACGAUGACGAAGACGAGGUUGAGGACAACGAAGGUGACAGAGAUGAUGAGGGCCCUGAAGACGAGGAAAUCCCCGAGAAUAGCGAGCCUGUCGAAGAGGAGCCUACUGAGGGAGAAUUUGUUCGGAGACGGAGACGAGUCUGUUGA